GAGAGUAUCUAUGAUUUGUCUCAUCGUUUAUAAAGUAGAGACAAUUGAAGUGUCCUUAGAAUGGCUAAGAGGAUGAAAUAAGAUAAAUUAUGAGUAAGAUGUUAGAAAACGUCUACUGCUUUAAUAUACGCAAGGGGAAUAAAAAUGUCUGUGGCUGGUUCCCUUUCUUGGUCUUAAAAAAAAAACCCAAAAAACAGAAAAACUGGCUGCAGGCUGUGAAGCGCUCUGGUAGGAUUGGCCCUCUGCAGCCACCGUUCCUAAGUUGAGUUUCAGGUCUCCUAGCAACAAGCUGUGGUGACACAGGAGGAGCCAGGGCUAAGGUAAGUGCUCAGAUGAGGGUCGGGCUCUGAAGCAAUACGAGGUGCAGCCUGCAGAGGCUCAGGGGACCUAGGGAUUCUGCUUUCCAGUCGGGCCUGACCUUAUGCGUAGUUGUCCCUGGAGGGGCGGGCCCCUCACCUGCUGCCGCUUGAGUGAUGCAGAGUUGCCAGCCUGCUCUCCUGUGCCCACAGGGUCGUGGGCUUUUGAAUUUCCCUUGGCCUCUCCACCUUAAUGAAAACGUUUAGGAAAACACCCGCACAACUUAGACGCAGAGUAGAAAUCGUGCUAAAAUUGAGACACUACUUGUAGGAAAAGAUAUGACAGUUUUCAACUUUAUAUAUUAAUAAAGUCAAGCUCCUGAUAAUGCUGUUUAGUCACAAUUACAUUCAAUUUGGGGUGGGGGAUGCAUGUCAUUACAGUUGAUACCUGUCAAGAAUCUUAAAUUGUCCUCUGAAAAGCCAGAAUGGAGCUAUCAAUGCUCCCACCUCAGAUCUAUGUAGAAAAAACUCUGGCCAUUAUCAAACCAGAUAUUGCUGACAAAGAGGAGGAGAUACAAGACAUUAUUCUCAGAUCUGGAUUCACCAUUGUUCAGAGAAGAAAACUUCAUCUCAGCCCUGAGCACUGUAGUAACUUUUAUGUGGAACAGUAUGGGAAAAUGUUUUUCCCCAAUUUAACAGCUUACAUGAGUUCUGGACCACUUGUUGCCAUGAUAUUAGCUAGACAUAAAGCCAUCUCUUAUUGGAAAGAACUUUUGGGACCAAGUAAUAGCUUAGUAGCUAAGGAGACACAUCCAGACAGUCUAAGGGCAAUUUAUGGCACAGAUGAACUAAGGAAUGCACUUCAUGGGAGUAAUGAUUUUGCUGCAGCAGAAAGAGAAAUUCGAUUCAUGUUUCCUGCAGUGAUUGUUGAGCCCAUUCCAGUUGGACAAGCUGCUAAGGACUAUUUAAAUUUGUAUGUAACACCAACUCUUCUUAAAGGACUCACAGAGCUUUGUAAGCAAAAACCAGCAGAUCCUUUUAUUUGGCUAGCUGAUUGGCUGCUGAAAAAUAAUCCCAACAAACCUAAACUUUGUCAUCAUCCAAUUCCAGAAGAACCUCAUUAAAAUAAAGUUCCUUGAAGAACAAAUAAUGAACUAUUUUACUGUGAAAGGCAUGCUUCUACUUAAGAAAAAAAUAAUUGCUAAGGGUUUAAGUAACUACAUGUAAAAUAAAUUAUUUCUUAAAAA